AUAGUCAGCAGUAUAACGCCCUUUAAGAGCAUUCCAACCUUCAUCCACAUGGGUGUUAUUUCACGUAAAGUCGCCCUCAUCGUAGGAAGCUCUCGCACCCAUGGCAAUUCAGCAGGCCUAGCUUCCUGGCUAUCCAAUCUCCUCCAACAACAAUUCGCCAAAUCCGAACGACCCUUCGAGGUGGUCACAAUAGAUUCCACCACUCCACCGCUUCCUCUAGGUUCCAUCCUAGACGGAACGCGCUUCCCCGGACAGAUCACAGACCCAUCUCAGUAUUCUUCCCAAGCCAUACGAGAUUGGAGCGCAUUCGUAUCAUCUUGCGCCGCGGUCGUUAUUCUGACACCAGAAUUCAAUGGUGGUUAUCCGGGUGAUCUAAAGAAUUCAAUCGACCACCUAUCCAGGGAGUGGCGAGGGAAGCCUGUCAUGCUUGUGGUAUAUAGUAUCAGAGGUGGAGCUUCAUGUGCAGCACAAUUACGGGGUGUCAUGAAGAGUCUGAGCAUGCGGGUGGUAGAGCGUGAAGUUCAGAUGUUACUGCCUGUGGAGUAUGGCAAAGGGGCCGAAAGAGUGGUACCUGGACAACCUGCAGAAUUCUUGUCCUCGUACGAGACGCUUGUAGAGGAAGUGGCAUCGGACUUGAUUGAGUUGAUUGUUUAGAGUAGAAGGGUCAUAAAACUAGACGUAUAACGGCAUAGAUUGCAUAAUGAACCACUCACCACUCUCAGGCUAUCUUCUUUUCUUUUUUCUUUCCGGCAACAUCCUGAACACGAAGUUCACAGCAUAUUCGUUAGUAGUCGUAAAAAUAUGUAAGUGACAAGUACAGUAAGUCGCAACGAGGUCGAACUUCAAAGGCUAGGCUUUAUCAUGACUACCUUUCUGGAC